UUCCAUAUUAAAGUGGCAGUUACUUAAUGAGAUCGAUUUAUAACUCGCGGUGCCAGAUGAGCGCAGGUGACAACAGCCAGCAACAGCAAAGAAGAAAGCAAAGCACAGUUGGUGUGAAAAAGUGGUAAAGGAAGACAACGAGAUGGAAAGAAUGGGGUGGGGGGCAUGUCGAGUUAAACAUAGCCUAAAAGAGGGAGAUCAUCAGUGUUUGUUUCCUCAGGAUGUGGUUACCACGACGACGAAAAGGCAAAGCGGCAACAUCACUACACCGCGAGUCGCUUCUGACACCUGUCUCAAGUGUUAAGUGUGUGUUUGUGUGACAGAGAAAGAGCGAUCAGUGCGGUUUACUGUGUACACGGCAGCUGCACCUGCGUCUGCCUUUUGUCUUAAUUCUGUGUGACACUGCGUUUGUACUUAUCAUUUUAGGCGUGUGCAAACUUUCAGGUGACGCACAAAAAAGAGGCCGCUUGCGCAGAGAAGAUGAUCUCGACACAGGCCGUGAAAGACAAGACAGCAGAGAAUGAGGACAACCUGCACAACACAUGAGCGCCGAAAACUGCUGCAGUAAGCAAACAGCCACAAUGGAUGACUUUUGGUCCACUCAGGAAUUUUCCAAUCGCCAUCUCCACCACCUCCAAAGACCCUCCUUCCACACGAUCCCUGCAGUGGACUCCCCGCAGGACUCACCCCAGCAGUUUGGAAGUCAAGAGAAAAACCAAGUGACGUCUUUCUUUUCUGCAAGACGGAACGCGACCGCCUUCGAUUGGUUGGAGAGCGGCGAAAAAGAGAGAAGCUGCGACGAUCCGGAGGCGGGAUUUUACAGCAACAGUAACUGGGAAGUAAAUUCGGCUCAAAAUUUUAUUCCGGCUUUGAGUAAAUGGAGACAAAGUAUUGGAGAGUUCCAAAAUUGGGAUUUGGGGUCGAGCGGCGAGACCCCCAGCCCGUUAUCGGAGGUUUCCUGGUGCCAGUCCACUCCACUGAGCCAAAUAGUGCUCCCUCAAACUUUACCCACGCUGAAUCCUCCCCAGGUGCCAGCCACCCAAAAAUCUGAUGCCUUCCUAGAAACUGUUCCACAGAGAAACGUCCUCGAGAGUCACUGGCCCAUUUGGGGGGCCAAAGGAGAGCAGUUUGGGUCAGAGAAGUUCUUCAAUCCCAACACCUGCUCGUCCGGCGCGCCACCCUUCCCAUUCUCUCACCUGGAAUCCUCCGUGCUCAGUCCUCCUCUCACGCCUUUGCCAGCCCUUUCUCACUCACCAGCCAUGACGUGCACCCAGUCGCAUUCGCAGGGAGGAAACGACAACUGGCCCCUCCACUUUUUUGUUUCCAACCCACAGCCACUGCCGUCGCGUAACUCCUCUGGGAUGAUGUGGACGUUACCCGCCGGGUCGGACGGGACCACGCAGGGCAACCUGACAGCCUCGCACUACAUCAGAGAACAGCUGCUCUCACUUGGAAAGUCCUCUCUCAAAUCACGCAGAAACCAGAGUCAAGCAGCACCAAGUCAGGCGACUGGAAGCGUUUCUUCCCAUUGGAAAGCCCAAACCUACACUGGAACUCCAUUUCCCAGUCUCCUUCACUCUAGCCAGGAAAAGAGAGCUCACUAUACACCUCGGCCCCUCCUCAACCCGGCCCGUGAAGGGACCGGCCUUUAUUCCUCCUUUUCCUCCAUUCAGCCAAGAGAGAAGGAUCCGCAAGCUGCGGAAGCAAUGAUCAAUAUCGGCAGUGAUUUCCAGGCGGAGGUCCCCGCGCUGAGCUUUGGCGAGGGCGGGGAAAAACCAAGCUGGGAACAGUCUCUGUGGAAGUCAUGUGAGGCGAUCACAGAGAGCCGCAAGACACAGGAACAAGUGGAAAAGCUGCUGCUGCUGAGCAGCUCCGGUUGCUUUCCAGGAGGGGGCAGCAACAUCGAGCUGGCCCUGCACUCUCUGCACGCCUGUCAGACCAACAUCAUGGCCGCGCUGGAGAUGCUCCUGCUAACGGGGACAUCACCGAUAGAAGACUACCACUAUGCCGGUAGUGACGUUUGGACCGAGAGUGAAAAGAGAACCUUCAACGAAGCCCUGAAAACUCAUGGGAAAAACUUCUCGCUCAUACACAAAAAGGUGAAGACUAAAACGGUGAACCAGUGUGUGGAAUUUUAUUACCUCGUCAACAAAAGCCAAGCCAAGCGGCACAAAUAUACAAAGCUGAAGAGUCGUGAUGAGAAGGGAGGGGAGUCGGAGCGACACAAGAUCACUCUUGUUGAUAUUGCCGCCUCCCUGCCAGCGGAAAAGCAGUCUGGACCGCAGGAGGUGUGCCCUGGGCUCCCAUUGGCCGGCUCCUUCCCUUGCACAAAGUGCGGCAAAAUGUUCAACAAGAUCAAGUCCCGAAACGCUCACAUGAAAGUCCAUCGGAAGUUUUCAAAAGCCUGGCGCAACAAUCUCCUGGUUCAACACUUGACUCCUGCGGUUGACUCCUCAAUCGAUGACUUCUACCGUCAAAGCAGUCACAGCGUCAGUCCUGAGCCUUUUGCUUGCCACAGUGGUAGCUUGCCGCUCGCAUCCACUUUCACCGGAGACCCAAACCUUUACGUAAGCGCCGUUGUCGAUGCUGAUGAUUCCAAACCAAAAGAACCCCCGCACGUUUCAGUUUUUAACCAGUCGUGGCACUCCUUUGCAGAGUUUCAAAUGGAGUCUUACGUACCUUAAAUCGUGUGUCAUUUCCUGCAUCACGGUAGUUGAGCGUCAUCGGCAAAAGUCUCUUUUUGUAUUCUUCUGCUUCCACGCAAGCCAUGUUUGAAUGUGUAUUGUAAGCAUUUGGACAUGGUCAGAAUUGUAUCGAAGCCCAUUAAAGUGUGCAAGUCUUUGGAAUCUA